CCUGCACGGCAACAGCCCAGCAAACGGCGGAAACGGAAGAUGUCAGGGGGCAGCACCAUGAGUUCAGGGGGUGGCAACACUAACAACAGCAACAGUAAGAAGAAGAGCCCAGCCAGCACCUUCGCCCUCUCCAGCCAGGUACCUGAUGUGAUGRUGGUGGGGGAGCCCACCCUGAUGGGCGGGGAGUUCGGGGACGAGGACGAGAGGCUCAUCACCSGGCUGGAGAACACCCAGUUUGACGAGGCCAACGGCAUUGACGACGAGGACAGCUUUAACAACUCCCCUGCACUGGGCGCCAACAGCCCUUGGAACAGCAAGCCUCCGUCCAGCCAAGAAAGCAAAUCGGAGAACCCCACGUCACAGGCCUCCCAAUAAAGGCCCUGCCUUGGUCACCCAGUGCUCUGCCUGCCUGCCCCACCCCUYGUAGCCCCAGGGAGCAGAAGACAGAAGAAGAGACUGAGCAUCUAAAAUGGGCAGCCUCCAUCCACCCACUUCAGGGAGGAACUGGACUCGCUGGGGGCAGGUGCCAAGAUGUGCCCCCCAGUGGCCCUGGGCUGGGCCUGGCCCCUGCAGAGCCUUUUGGGGGAAGGGGUUACUCAUGUGGAUGCCUACGUGGACCCUGGACCUCUGAAAAAUGUCUUGACCAUCCCCCCAGGGCAUUUGCCUCCAUCUUUACCCCAAGUUCUGGRUUCCCCAUUGUCCUGGCUUAUCUCCUUCAAGACUGGGGCUGUCCAUACCCACAGCCCUUAGGGGUUAAGGUCAUGGGGCUUGGUUGAAUGCCCCUUCCCCUAGGUGGCUGAUAUUAGAGGGGUGAAGCUCUGGGCUCCUUGUUCCUUUCUGCCACUUAUCCCAGCUCCAACAAGUUUUUUAAAGAAUAAUAUUAUUAAAAAUGUAAGUU